GUUUUUGUGAUGGAUCUGGUGAGAUUUAAUUUGGACUUUGGAUUGUAGUUUUGGGGAUAAAGUUAGAAAGUUGUUUGGCACUCCGUUCUCCCUCUGUCACCAUCUCUUGGAAAUGGAGAGAACUGAAACAUCCACGAAUCAAAGGUCAAAGAAUCACAACACAACAAAACCCCAAGCGAACCCACCACCUUUCAUCCCUUGGUCCCUCUCUUGUUAUCAUCCACAAUUCCUAAUUGUUUCAAUCCACCCACGCUGGUUACUUGCAUAAUUCUAUGGUGGUGGCAUGGCUUCAUGUUCAUGCCACUUGGUGAUUGUCGAUAUGAAUCGAGCAUCUCCAGUUCUACACACUGUAACCCCCAAACACCAUCCAUUCGAGCUUCAACGAUUCAGAGAACCGAAUAAUUCCGUAGGGUUUCCAACCAAGUGCCGAUUACCUGCACGGCGUCGUCUCACUGUGGUUGUUGCUGCUGCUGGGGCGGAGCUCUCGAAUCCUUUCUCCGUCAACAUUGGCUUGGAUUCUCAGACAUACCAGUCUCAUAAUUUGACACAAUUACCAUGGGUUGGUCCACUUCCUGGAGAUAUUGCUGAAGUUGAAGCAUACUGUAGAAUCUUUAGAGCUGCUGAAAGGCUUCACAAUGCAUUAAUGGAUACAUUAUGCAACCCUGUGACUGGGGAAUGUAGUGUUUCUUAUGCUUUUCCUUCAGAGGACAAGCCAUUACUUGAAGAUAAGAUAGUCUCUGUUCUUGGUUGCAUGAUAUGCCUUCUAAAUAAAGGAAGGGAGGAUCUUCUUUCUGGGAGAUCAACCAUCAUGAAGUCAUUUAGUGUCUCGGAUGUAGACAUAAUGGAGGAUAAGCUUCCACCUCUUGCUAUUUUCAGGCGUGAGAUGAAAAGGUAUUGUGAAAGUUUACAUAUUGCUCUUGAAAUCUUUUUGACUGCAGAUGAUACUCGUAGUCUUGAUGUUUGGAGAAAACUUCAAAGGCUGAAAAGUGUUUGCUAUGAUUCUGGGCUUCCACGUGUGGAGGAUUAUCCACCUCCAUCUUUAUUUGCAAAUUGGAAUCCUGUUUAUUUAUCCACAUCAAAAGAAGAUAUAGAACCUGCUGAAUGUGAUGUAGCUUUUUGGAGGGGUAGCCAGUUGACAGAGGAAAGCCUCAAGUGGUUGCUUGAAAAAGGGUUCAAAACCAUUGUGGAUCUUAGAGCAGAGAAUGUAAAUGAUGUGUUUUAUGAAACCGCAUUACAAAACGCACUUUCAUCUGGGAAAAUUGACCUGGUCAAACUUCCGGUUUCAGUGGGGACAGCACCAUCAAUGACACAGGUUGAGAUGUUUUCAUCUGUAUUAGCGGACCCCACCAGAAAGCCAGUGUAUCUCCAUAGCAAGGAAGGUGUUUGGAGAACGUCUGCCAUGGUUUCCAGAUGGAGGCAGUAUGGGUCUCGUUACAUUCAAGAUCAACAACAACUUGCAUCAAACUCAAAACCAGCCAUAGCCAUGGAAGAAGAUGAUGAAUGUUCUUCAACCAGUAAUGGAGCCUACAAAGAUACUGGAAAUGGGGUUUUGGUUGAUUUUUGUGUCAAUCCCAUGGAGUCCCAAUUACCACCUUCCAAUGUUUUCUCAAGAAAAGAAAUGUCCAUGUUUUUCAAAAAUAAAACUCCUUCCCCCACGACAUAUUUCACUUUUGAGCGAAAAAGAUUAGAGAAACGAUUGAGAUCAAGAAAGAAAAGUAGUUUAGAUUCUGAAAGGGGAAAUGGUUCUCUAAAUGGGAAUAAUUUCAGCAAUAAUUCUAAUUCUGUUCCUUCUGGUUCCAGCUUGAAAGAGUUUAAUGAUUCAGAUAGUAGGCAUGCUGCUAAUGAAGUGGGUGGAUCUUCCAAUUCCAUUGUUGUCUCAAGCAAUGGAAAUGGAAAUGGAAAAGUUGGGAAUGAAGAUAUGCAAGUGAUUGAGGGAAAUAUGUGUGCUUCUACAACUGGGGUUGUAAGAAUACAAUCAAGAAAGAAAGCAGAAAUGUUUUUAGUUCGCACAGAUGGGGUUUCUUGCACCAGAGAAAAAGUAACUGAAUCCUCUUUGGCAUUCACUCAUCCAAGCACACAGCAGCAGAUGCUUAUGUGGAAAUCAUCACCCAAGACUGUGUUACUGUUGAAGAAGCUUGGCCUAGAACUAAUGGAACAAGCUAAAGAGGCUGCGUCUUUCUUGUAUCAUCAAGAGAACAUGAAUGUUCUUGUGGAACCUGAGGUUCACGAUGUUUUUGCAAGAAUACCAGGAUUUGGGUUUGUACAAACUUUCUACAGUCAAGAUACAAGUGAUCUUCAUGAGAGGGUAGAUCUGAUCGCCUGUUUGGGGGGAGACGGGGUUAUUCUGCAUGCAUCCAACUUGUUUAGAGGUGCUGUUCCCCCUGUUGUGUCAUUCAAUCUCGGGUCUCUCGGUUUCCUCACUUCACAUGCUUUUGAAGACUUUAAGCAGGAUUUAAAACGAGUGAUCCACGGGAACAACACACUGGAAGGUGUAUAUAUAACUCUUCGAAUGCGUCUCCACUGUGAGAUAUUCCGAAACGGGAAAGCAAUGCCCGGGAAAGUUUUUGAUGUUCUCAACGAGGUUGUCGUUGAUCGCGGCUCCAACCCUUAUCUUUCUAAAAUCGAGUGUUAUGAACAUGACCGUCUUAUUACUAAGGUGCAAGGUGAUGGAGUGAUAGUAGCAACACCUACAGGGAGUACAGCUUACUCUACGGCUGCAGGAGGUUCUAUGGUGCAUCCAAAUGUCCCAUGCAUGCUUUUCACACCAAUUUGUCCACAUUCCCUCUCCUUCAGGCCUGUUAUACUUCCUGAUUCUGCACGUCUUGAAUUAAAGAUACCAGAGGAUGCACGGAGUAACGCUUGGGUCUCGUUUGAUGGAAAGAGAAGGCAACAACUUUCACGAGGAGACUCGCUUGAUUCGUUGCCUCAAUUGGAAUGA